AAAGGAAGGCUCUAAAAAGUUUCUUAUUUAUUUUUCCUCAUUAGACUUUCUCAAUUCACACAGAGAUUAACAAGCUCCUAUCUGCAACUGAAGUCUCCUCCAUGUUAGAGGAAUUUGUGAACAAAAAUGGUGGUGGGAAGCCAUUCCAGCCAAGCUGAAGAUCAUCUGGGUUUGCCAUGCAAUCAUCUAUUAUGUAAGUAUGUUGGAUUGAAUAAAAGCAAAAGCGAUCCUAACUUGUUUAUCAAGAAGAGAAAACGACUUCUGGAGCCAAGUUAGAGACUUUUUGGUGGUGGAUCCAUAUCUUGUUUCCAAAUCGAAGACGUCUUCCUCAUUAUAAGGCUUUUUGUUUCGGCACGGGCUUCAUGGAAGUGUAACCCACUUUUUCUCUAUUGCACACUUUCAAUCUUUUCUUCAAUUUUCAGUCUUGUUGUGAAUCUGGGGUAGUAUUUAUUUGUGGUAAUUCUCGAGUUCUCUGUGUUGAACAAUCAUGGGUUCGGGGAUUGUUGCUUCUGGGACUUGGCAAAGGUUACAGAUUCCAGCUUCUCGUUCAGUUUCUUGUGCUUCUUGUAGUUCAAAGUCAUCGUUUUCGAUUUCUUUAGCUAAGCCUAGUGGAAAUGGAGGUAUGAGGCAUGGAUUAGUUCAUAGUUUGGUGUUUUCAGGGUCGAGUAAGUUAAAAGGUUGUAGCUUGAAGCAAACUUGUAGAGCUAGUUUUGAGGAUUUCUCCUAUGAUGAAAUGUCAGAUCAGAUUGAGGAAUUGUCUCGGAAGUUGGAAAGUUGUAGCGAUAAUGACGAAUAUGAAGAGGAUGAUGCAUCUUGGGUUAUGUCCAAAGUUUCGAUGUCUAGGCUCAGGCAAAGAGAAAAGAGAAGAGACAGUGGUUUUUCAAUGCAAUUUUCGAGGUGCAAGCUUAAUGCUUUAGAGCCAUCUCUGCUUGGGAUUAAUCCUGAGCCAUCAUUCUGGCCAGAGAGAAGUGAUUUUGUUCUAGCAGACAUUGCACGAAAGGCAAACAGCCUUGAGUUUCCUAUGUCCCUUAGGUUGUUGAAGAAGAAGCAUCAACAAUGGGGAGAGAGUUCCAGAGAAGUAGGGCAGUACACUGCUUUUAGCUCUGUGAACAAGGCCUUCUCGUCCAUGGUGUUUAUCAUCCAUGAGCUUCAUAGCUAUGCAUUAAGUAUAGGGGGUUGUCUAUACUGUGAAGACUUUAAGGAUAUCAUAUCAAAGGUGCAGAGAGAAAUGAACUCUUCAUUUGUAUGGUUGUUUCAGCAGGUCUUUUCAAAGUCACCAACUCUCGUUGUGUAUGUGAUGAUAUUGUUGGCAAAUUUCACGGUUUAUUCAAUGAAUGGUAAGAAUGCUGUUCUUCCAGAUACUACUCCUAUGCCUGAUGUGGCCGGGACUUUGGGUCGGUUUGUGUAUGAACCGCUAGAACUACCGCCCCUUUGGUUCCAUGGGGAUGAUGACCCCUGUGAGCAAGGCGAAUUGAGCCCCAGUGAAAAUGAGAAUAAAGAUGGGGCUGGCCCUAAGUUGUUCAAGUUUCCGACUGAAAAGAUAUUUGAUGUUUCGUCGUUGAAUAAUGAGGAGCUGAAUUUGUGGAAAUCAGUCCUGGAAGAAGCUUCUAACAUGCAGGCAGAAUUGAGGGCUGAGGAUCUUGAUCAUGAGACUGUGCAACAAUUUGUGUCACCUGUAUCUGUGAAUCUGGAAGCAGAUGAUUAUGACUGCUACUUUAAAACAGAUAUUUUGUACCAGAUGAGCUUAGCUCAGGAGCCAAAUAAUACACUUCUACUGUCAAACUAUGCACAAUUUCUCUACCUCGUGGCUCAUGAUCAUGACAGGGCGGAGGAGUGCUUUAGGCGAGCAGCUCAAGCUGAGAAACCUGAUGCCGAAGCUCUAAGCCUAUAUGCAGACUUCUUAUGGUAUGUAAGGAACGACAUUUGGGGUGCGGAAGAGAGAUACCUGCAAGCAAUAUCAGCUGAGCCCUCGAGCCCCUAUUACGCCUCCAGGUAUGCCCGUUUCCUUUGGCGUACCGGGGGCACAGACACUUGCUACCCUCUCGAAUCCUAUGAUAAAGUGUCGUAAUUGGUUAAAUAAAGAUACAGGGCUGUAUAUGUUCCUCGAUGCUUUAUUUUUGUUACAUAAUCUACUAAUGAGUCACUGCACUAAUUAGAUUAGUUAUCAAUACCAGCGUAAUUCCACUAAGGAAAUAAAAAUGACUGACCUCAUUUGAGAUCAGAUUGAUUGCAAAAUUAGAUGACCCAGUUUUGUAACCUCAGUCAUUGCAGAAUUAUCUUAUCCAAUUUUGUACUCCAGUUUGAUCAUAAUAUGAAAUGAGCUUGACAUUGAGUU